AUGUUUAGAGUAGUGCGUACGAUCCGGUUUUAUUCCACGAACCAGGCCGGCGCCAACGCGAAAACCAAUGUGGCUGGCAUGAUGCCAGAUGCCAAACUGCUCAACCAGAAACUUAAACAGGAGCGGGAUCUGCGGCGAGAAAGAAACAAGCUCGCUCUUUCCUCAAUCAAGGACAUCUUUGCAAUAUUCUCUCCUACCGCAGGAGACGACGACGAGUUUGACACCGCAAAUUUCGAUCCCACGCCCGUGUACAAAAAUCCGGAAACGUAUCUGAAAUUGUCUCUACCAAAACAGCAUUACAUUCUAGAGGAGCUCGAGGACAAGUUCAAACGCAAAUGGACGGGGAUCGACAAAGACAAGAAACGGUUUAUUUAUUGGCUGGCAUAUGGACCCCACGGGCCUCGUGAGGGGUUUGUCACAGAGCAUAGGAAGACUGUGGUUCCAGAGAAGAAAAAGUCGAAUACUCUUCUUGAUCAAAUUAUUGCAGAAACAGAGUCGCAGAAAUAUAAAGUAGAGGUCGAUGAGUACGUGCCGCCAGAUCUGCCGUUCCGCACGCCGUCGGUCCUCAAAUCUGUGAACCCAACCAAAGACACAAUCUUAUCCCCACUACCGCCUCGCGACCCGCGUCUUUUCGGUCCCAAAAGACUCGAGCAGUACAAAAAGGACAGAAAAAUGAACCCGUACAGCCAAUUUGUCCUGGGAUUCCUUAUGGUGCUCACUUUUCUCAACUACCGCAAAGACAGAGAGGUGAACAGCACCGGAAAGGUGCCGGAUUACGAGUAUUUGCAAAACGAUAACCUUUUGCAGAUUGACGACCUUAGUAAAAAACUGGCCCAGGCGGUCAAAUAG